AUGGAGUUGGCUAAUACCAAAGACUUCCAGUGGAAAACCCUCGCCCCGCUCCCGAGCUGCAGGGUCUACUCGACCUUGGUGGAAGCUGGCGGGCAGGUGUUUGCCAUCGGGGGCUGCGAUGACAACGGUGUCCCCAUGGACUCCUUCGAGGUCUACUCCCCUGAGGCCGACCAGUGGACCUCGCUGCCCCCCAUGCCCACGGCCCGGGCAGGGGUGGCUGUGGCCACCUUGGGCAAGAGAAUCAUGGUGAUAGGAGGGGUCGGAGUGAACCAGAUGCCGCUGAAGAUAGUGGAGAUGUACAACAUAGAUGAGGGCAAGUGGAAGAAGAGGAACUCGCUGAGGGAGGCAGCCAUGGGCAUCUCGGUGACGGCAAAAGACUACAGAGUCUAUGCGGCUGGGGGGAUGGGGGCUGACCUGCGGCCGCACAACUACCUGCAACACUACGACAUGCUCAAGGACAUCUGGGUGUCGCUGGCGGCCAUGCCCACACCCAGGUACGCUGCCACAUCCUUCCUGCGAGGCACCAAGAUCUACGUGCUGGGUGGAAGGCAGUCCAAGUACGCUAUCAAUGCCUUCGAGGUCUUUGACACAGAGACCAGGUCGUGGACCAAGUUUCCCAACAUCCCCAACAAAAGGGCCUUCUCCAGCUUCGUGCCCACAGAAGACAAACUCUUCAGUCUCGGGGGCCUGCGGCAGGGACGGCUCUACAGGCAGCCCAAGUUCAUGAGGACCGUGGACAUGUUUGACAUGGAACAAGGUGGCUGGAUGAAGAUGGAGCGCUCCUUCUACCUGAAGAAAAGGCGAGCAGACUUCGUGGCUGGCUACCUGAAAGGCAGAGUCGUUGUGGCUGGGGGACUAGGAAACCAGCCAACUGUCCUGGAGUCUGCGGAGGCCUUCCAUCCUGAGAAGAACAAGUGGGAGAGCCUGCCCCCCAUGCCCACCCCACGCUGUGCCUGCUCCAGCAUCGUGGUCCGGAACUGCCUGCUGGCCGUCGGCGGGGUGAGCCAGGGCCUGAGCAACGCCGUGGAGGCCCUCUGCCUCUCCGAUUCCUAG